AUGGGGAGCAGCAAUUCUCUUGGUACCAGAAGCCGUCCAGGAGUCUCUUCGUAUCGAAAAAAAGGGACAUGGUUCUCUCCCCGCCUGCUCCCUCCCUUCCCCCGAUCUCACGCCGUAGUCGGGCACUCGUCGCCCGGCCAAACCAAAGCACACACAUAUACACACAGACAUACACACACACACACACGAACGACUGGUACUGGCCCCGUCAGCGGACCGAGAUUAGCCUGGCCAUGGUUCAUUGAUGCUGUGGUUUUGCAACGGCACCUGUGUUGGCCGAGAGACAUCUGGGGCUGGGGGAAUGGUUCAAGAGUAGUACUAGCAACAAGCCUUGGGUCUCAUGACAGCCCAAAGUGGGGAGGCGUCUCAGGGGCAGGUUCCGUUGCUGAAAUGCUGGAGUCGUUGGGCUUCUACCAGGCCGGCCCUUGCAAGAAGAAACCUACUGGCAGCACCCACCGCUAUGUUAUGCAUCUCUUCGCCUUUGCUCUCGGGCGUCUGGGGCGCGUCCCUAUAGUUCAACGUCGGAACGUGCUUGCAUGGUCAACACCAGGCUUGCCUCCGCGGAGCCUGCACACAUGCACGCAAUGCUCAGAGACAACCAAGCACACACACACCCGCCCACGUCCGCCACAACCCACGGCCACUCUUGGUGGGGCCAUUGCGGCGGCGCCUCUUGAUCCCAAUCCAGCCUUCAUGACUCUGGCCCGCCCAGGUACCAGUCACACUGCAAGAUUGCAUGAGCCCAUGCAUUGGGUUGGGGAGCCACCGCCAACGGCUGGUGACGCCAUCCCCAAGCCCGUCGGCUAG